GGACAGACACCAUCCUCAUCCUCUCGGGGAUGCGAAUGGAGGAGCAGACUCUGGGCUGCCAAGUCAGGAAGGGGGGAUUUGGGCUCUGGAGCAAAUGAAGAGAUGAUUCCUCUUUGCCAUCGACUCUUUUAGGGAGGAUUUUCCAUCAUGAGGCAGCGAGGAGGGGCAGGGAAGGAGGAUGAAGAGCCCGAGGGAGGUGGGAAGAGCCGGCGGGCCGGAGCAGCGCUCGGAGGGUGGGCCUGGGCAGCGGUGCUUCACUUCUUCCUGGUCAACGUCCUCGUGAUGGGGAUGCUCAAGACCUUCGGGAUUUUCUUCGUGGCUUUCCAGGAGGACGUGGGGGGCUCCUCGGAGCAGGUCAGCUGGAUUGGCUCCAUCAUGUCCUCCCUGCGCUUCCUGGGAGCCCCACUCGUGGCCGUCGUGUGCCGGGGGCUGGGCGAGCGUCUCACGUCCCUCCUCGGGGCCGGGCUGGUGGCUGGGGGGUGCCUGGUCAGCACUCAGGCCACCAGUGUCCCCUUCCUCUGCAUCUCCAUGGGAGUCCUGCUGGGGCUGGGCUUUGCCUGCCUGUACCAGGCGGCCGCAGUGAUGACGGCCAAGCGCUGCCGGGCACGCUUGGGCUUCUCCAACGCCGUGGCCCGCUCUGGGAUGGGGCUCACCUUCCUCAUGGCACCCUUCACCCAGCUCCUCCUCGACUUCUAUGGCUGGCAAGGAACUCUCCUGAUUUUUGGAGGCAUCAUGUUGAACCUGGUGCCCUCCAGCCUGUUGCUGAGACCCAUCAGCACCCGACCCUCCUCUGCCAAAAUCCAGGACUGCGCGUCAUCAGUGACACAGAAGGACCCAGAAACUGCUGAUGGAUGUUCAGAUGGGACCCCUCACAGGGAAUUACAUCCUGUACAGGAGCUUCCCACCACAGACACACUCCUGAUGCCCCGUGGCAAAGGUGCCUCUGGUCCCAUCAAUCCACCUGCCUUGGGAAAGCUGGAGAAACACACCCCGGGCAGAUCCUCACCAGAAACGGCCACCGAGGCCAAGAGAAGCCACAAACCCCUUCCAGCAGCCAAAAAAGAUUCUCAGCCUCUCCUGGACUUGUCCCCACUGAAGGAUCCCCUUUUCUUCAUCUUCACCUGGUCUUUUCUGUUCAGCCACUUGGCCUAUUUUGUGCCCUUCUUUCACCUGGUGGCAAGAGCCAGGACCCUGGGAAUGAGCAGCAUGGAUGGCUCCUACCUCAUCUCAGUGGCUGGCAUCACGGAGAUGCUGAGCCAGCUGCUCUCGGGCUGGGUGGCCGACCAGAACUGGACCAAGAAGUACCAUUUCCACGUGACUUACCUGGUCCUGAGUGGGAUCACCAACCUCCUGGGCCCCCUGGCCACGACAUUCCCGCAGCUCCUCGCCUACACCGUGGCCUUUUCCGUGUUCUGUGGAGGGUUCAUGGCUCUGGUGCUGCCCGUGCUGGUGGAUCUGGUGGGUGUGGAAAAGCUCCACAGUUACCUGGGGUUUGCUGCCUUCUUUGCAGGGAUAGCAGCCAUUGGAGGACCUCCUCUGGCAGGUUGGCUCUACGACUACACCCAGACCUACGUGUGCUCCUUCCUCUUUGCCGGCGCCUGCGCCCUCGUCUCGCCCCUGUCCUUCUGCCUCGAGCCCUGGGCACAGGAAUGGAAGCUCAAAAAAGCCACUGCGAGCCCCAGGUCUGGCUGAAGGUUUGAAGGCUGGGCUGG